AUGGAAACUUUUAUACAUCAGAAAGAUCAAUAUGGGAACCCUGCUCCGGGAUUCUAUGAAUUUGACACCAAUGUUGUUGAAAAGGAGAUGAAUUUGUCUAUACCUCUUGCAGAUAUGAGCUUUGACGAGGUGAUGCCAGGAAUUCAGUUGUGUUCCUUCAGUCUGUUGGAACCGGGAAACUUCUUGCUCACUAUAUCUGACACAAAACAUAAUAGAAGCAUCUCCAAUAUGCCAUUUGCUUUUAAUGUCUUUAUAGGUCAGGGUGACAUUCUGCUAAAUUUGAUGUUAAACAAUCUUUUGCUGUCAGUGGUGUUUAGCCCUUUCGGUUAUGCUGAUGGAUCAGCCAGUAUUGUCAAUGGAUCCGGUUUAAAUGAUUCCAUUGCAGGAGAAAUUGCACAUCCAGCAGAACUUGCUCUCGGAGCACCAUCAGAAAUUACUCCUGUAUCCUCAGUUGAUCUAGGAAACAUUUCUACUGGACACUCAAAAGUUCUUGCCAAUGCUUUUAGUGUGAUUUAUAUUCCUGAAAAGAGCGGAAUCUAUCAAAUUUAUGUGUUCUGUGGAAAUGUGUUACUGAAUGGUGGCAAUUCAUUCAGAAAGGAAGUAAGAGCAGGUGGGGUUAAUGUAUCACUUUCGACAAUUGAGAAAUUUUCUUCAAAGGUGCCAAAGAUGAUUGAAAAUGAAAUAGCAGUGCAGCUGGUGGAUUCAUUUUCUAACCCUGUCCUAUCCCAGCAGUCAAGACUGACACUAGAGAUAGCUUCAGUUAACAAGUCUGGCUUUUCAAGUGGAACGUUUGUGGAAAACAAUAAUGGUACAUACAGUAUUCGAUACGCGGUUAAGGAUGUAGGAACAUAUGAGAUGUGUGUUUCAUUUGACGGCAAGCGUUUGUCACCCUGCCCCUUCGGGGUCAACGUGUAUGGUGUUGAAUAUUUUCCCAAGGCCAAUGAUGAUAAAAUUUCAGUUUGGGAGGAUGAGUCUAUUGCUUUCGAUGUUCUGGAAAAUGACUACUUUGAAGGCAACAAUGCAAGUAUUGUUGAAUCAUCAAAACCAGAUCGUGGUUCGCUUUUACAGAAUGGACAUGUCUUUAGAUACACUCCUUAUAAAGAUUAUUAUGGGAAUGACUCUUUUGCAUACACAAUAUCUGAUGUAAAUGGAAACCUUGCUUCUGCUUCUGUAAAAAUUUCUGUUCUCAACAUCCCACCUCAGUUUAUUUCCUUUCCGACCCAGUUGCAAGCAACUGAAGAUAUGAUAAGUCCCAGAUACGGUGGUUUCUCUGCGUUUGUGAUAAAAUACUCAGAUCCAACGGAGAAAAUCUCUGUCACUCUCAGUGCGCGAUUUGGGACUGUGUUUUUGUCUCCUGUGCGGAUGCAGUUUUGGCAGCCAAUUUGGGUUGAAUUUUCUGUAAAGAAAGGGGUUGAUGCAGCUAAAGAUUUAAUCUUAGAAGGCUGUGUAGAAGCAAUCAAUCUAGCCCUUCAGUCGAUCCAAUAUCUUGGAAGUGAGAAUUUCUACGGGGAUGAUGCUAUUCAUGUUUCUGCCAGCAACAUGAAUGGAAAGAAUGAGUUGGAUGUUCUAGUUUCAGUGGAACCUGUCAACGAUCCUCCGAUCAUUAAAGUCCCUAAAUUUAUCACACUGAAGAGUGAAGACAAAUCUCUGAUCUUCGAUAAAGCUAUAGACAACUUUGAGUUCUCUGUUGGUGAUCCAGACCUUCUUGGAUACCCUGGCAAUGAGUCCCAAUUUAUAGUCACAUUUUCAGUGGAAGUAGACAAGGGAUUUUUAGUAACCAGUCUAGCAUCUGAGCUUCUUAAGACAACUGAACUUAAGGUGAUGAGUAGUUAUCAGUGGCAACCGAUACAGACAUACGUUUCUAUCUCAAGACAUUUUAUGGUCAAAGCUAACGGAGUCAGAUUUCGGGGGCCGCUUAACGAAUGCAACAGUGUCAUGCAGCAACUGUCCUAUGAUGUGAGAAGUGACAGUGGUGGAGAAAAUGGUGCCAUUUUGACGGUGAAAUUAAAUGAUAUGGGACAUUAUGGUUGUUAUUCAGACUGCACCGAGAAGAUUGCAGCGCCUUUAUCCGCUGAGGCUACUGUACAUCUUAUCCAAAGAGGGCUAAUGAGUUCACUGUCAGCUCAUACCCUUGGAUCGGUUAUCGUAGUUGAAUUUCUUAUGGUGCUUUCUCUUGGAGGGCUUCUUCUAUUCUUUACAUGCAAAUGCGCAAUGCAUCUUGUAAAGGAAAGAAGAAGCAUUAGUGUCCAGAAUUCUCAGCUAUCUAGUAUGCAGAAUUCCCAGAAAAAAACUUCAAGUACAGAUUUUUCUGAGGAUACAACAAACUUCACUGGCUGUUGUUCAAGCCCCUUCUUGCUUAGUGGCCAAACUUGUAACUUUCGACAACGCUCCAAUCAAUGUUUAGGAAUUGAAAAACCUGGCAAAAACAUAAGUAGCUCUCCUCGAUCUUCUAGCAACCACCAUCUACAGACUCCACCUGGUCUUACCCCACUCUCUAUUGAGAAGAAUCAAAAGCAAACAGUUAGAUCUGUUCUAUGA